GAAUUGUCAUAUUGAAAUAUUUCAAAAUGGAGGGUUGGUUGCAAAUUAUAGUGAUAUUUCACCAAACAAGGUUUGGAAGAAAGUAGGAAUAUUGAAAAAUUAUAGCGGAAAAAUUUUUAUUUGGGAUUAA